AUGGGUUUAUUGGAUAUAUCUGCAUAUUCUUUUGCAGAAGCAACAGCAGUAGGAGGAGGAGUAGGAGAGUAUUCUUUUCUUGAGGAGCAAAUGAGCACUCCUAUGAAAGGUGUAAUAGGGCCUGGUUCUGGGAUGGAUUUGUUGAGCUCAGCUGGACAUACACCCCGUCGUCUGUCUGUCUCUGCAGCAAUGAUUAACUUCGCUACACAAGUUGCAACAAGUCAAGAGAUUCGGCAGCUAAUGGGUCAGUGGACUGGUAUGAUGGGAGAGAUAUUUAAGGGGCCUGAUACGAGUGAGUCUUCAAUACCUUUUUACUGGAAGCUGCCUGAGUGUGUAAUGACAGUUGAUUUUGCAUCAGUUGCAGAUGUAGCUGCAGCAGAUGCAGCAAAGAUAUCUUUAUUUUAUACCCCUAGUCAUAAUGCUAUAGUUCUAACUUUCGUAGAAGAAGCAGCAGAAUGGAUCCAGCUAUUUAAGGGGUCUCAUCAGCGCAUGCAAUUUCUGUAUACACCUGCUGAGUGUAUGGUUGAUGAGAAUACAACAUAUUCACCCUUCUGUACAAAGCCUACUGGGAGAUGCUUCAUGACGCGAUUAGAUAUACACUUAACAAGAAUAACACGUCAGCUUAUGUCAACUUUAAAACCCCUUUCAGCAGGAGACUUCAUAAAGCAUUUAAUGGAUGAAGAAAACUUUCUUUAUGAUGAUGCAGCAGAUGUGUUAGAAGCACCUACAACACCGGGAAGGCUUCUAUUUGAACCUUUAAACUGCAUUAUGCAUGCAAGAGUACAAGCAAUUAGCCCCCAGCAUAUAUUUUUAUAUUUUAACCCUUAUGAUCAUUCUCUUCGUGUUGAUGCUCAAAACACUGAUCAGUCUUGGUAUAGAAGAAAAGUAAUUAUCCCCUUAGGAUGUGGAGGCAAGAAAGAAGAAGAUUUUACAGCUGCAGUGUAUCUACAGUCCGAUGGAUAUUAUAAAGUUGUUAUUCAAGCUGUUAUUGCAAGAGGUACAGACUUAGAAAGAAAAGAUGAAGAUACACUUCAGAUUCCUUUACUUAAAGAAGUAAGGCCUACAGAUGAAUUACGAUAUGGUGAGCACGACCCCAAGGAUAUGUAUCCAAAUGAUAAUUAUAUCCCUUUAGAGACUAUGCUUGUUGGACAUCCUUUCUAG